AUGUCUAUAGGUUAAUCGCGAAUGUGAGCUAUUAUCAUGCCAAAUUUCAGCCCAAUCCGUCCAGUACGGUAAUGCAUGAUUGAACUUUAAACAUAAACAAACAGAUUAAGCUCAGCUAAACUAAUCUAAUGAACUUGAAGAGACAAUCUCUGGUGAACUCCGUGCGGCGCUGGAUGGAUCGCGUAUAAUCACACUCAAUUUAAACUAACCUAACCUACCCUAACCCAACCUCAGCUCUUAAUUUUCAAAAUCUAUUAGAUGACAGAAAAGACAUGUAAGGAAGACAGGUUGGACUUCAUAUGUGUUUGUGACUAUGGAGAAUAUUCUGCUAGAAAUUGCUAUAGAAGUAGCCAAGUACCUCACGCCUCGAGAUAUAUCUUCCUGUUGUGCAGUAUCUCUUCACUGGCGAGAAGUAUUCGGUACCAAUCAGGUUUGGAAAGGACUGUGUGAUUCCGAGUUAGAUGAGCAUCUGAGGACUACACCGUGUGUCGUAGAGCCGCAGUUCUCUCUCCCUGAACAACACUGCUCUUUAGCUCCGCUCAGUCAGUGGCGAACAGCUUACCUGCGGGAACAACAUCUGUGGAAGAACUGGCGAACUGGCAACUGUAAAACUGUGGAACACAAACUGGGGAAAAAUAAAACCUCCGAAGAGCUGUUUGUCACUAAUGACUUGAUAAUGGCGUUUUAUAGAGACUCAAUAGAACUGUUGGACUUGAACACCCACGUUCCUACUCGAAAGGAUUUACUACUGCUAGGUGAAAGAUGUUAUUAUACAUCCAGGGCCUUAAAUAAUGGAAUCAUUAUUUUAAAUGGUUUUCAUUCUGAAGGAGACGACUUUAUUAAAAUUUUUAGGGUAGAUCUAGCCCAAGGCACUAUCAAUUAUAAAUGGCAGGUAGAAUUAAACUUUGAUUAUUCAUUUAAACUUGUGUCCAGCAAUAAAAAAGGAUUGAAUAAUUUCAAUUCUAUGGACCAAUUUGAUCUAAUAAUUACUCCUGGAGGAAAGUGUAUUGGAAAUUUUUGGUUUUGUAAAGAAAAUGACUCUUUCUACAUAUGGGAUUUGGAAAAUGGAGUGGAACUAAGAAAGGAAUGUUGUUCUACAAGCUUGCCAGAAGGAGGGUUGGGUAUUGUAGGAUGUAAACCCGGAUCAAAAUGUGAAGAUAUCCUAGUACUCCUUCCCAAUACAACGUUUUCUGAUCUUCCUGGAAUAGUGUCAGUGACAUGUCGAGUUUAUAAUGUACAUCAACUAUGUUUCUUACCCUUCGAGCAAACUUUUUCAGUUAUUUCCGCGUUUUUAAUUGAACUAGAUCCCAUCGACUUCUGUGCAAUAACUGACAAUUUUUUGGCUCUUUCAGACUGUGAUGUGAAUAAUCCAGAAGAGUUUUCUGGUGUCAGAGUUUACAACUACAGAUCUGGAAAUUUAUUACAUAAUUUACCCUCUAAAGGGACGAUUGAGAUCAUAAAUGAUUCACAUUUUUUGUUUAAAAUGCCAAAAGAUGAUAAAACUGUUUUGUGCUCUGUUUUCUAUCCAUCUAGAGCUAUUUUGAAAAAUAAGAUAACUAAAGGCUUUGAAGUCAAUGAUUUUAGUGUUGUUCAGAAGGGACUUGUAGAAAUAAAUUCAACCCUAGUUAUAAAUCAUUUUCUUGAAAAUUCUUCAACCCAAGUUUGGAGGUUGAAUCGAUACUCCUCUUUUAAAACUGGUGUACUUUUGUAUGAGAGUAUAGAUGUAAAUCGAGCCUUCACAAAGGUUAUAACAAGUUUCAGCCCUUUCCCAGAGCAAGAUGAGGACACAUUCAGAGUCAUUUACUUUUGGUAAUGUUGUAGUGACAGUAUGUUAGUGUUAUAAUAAAUGUAAGUUGUAAUUGUAUUAUUUAAUUAUUUAUUGUAUUUUGUGUAGAACUGGUACAAACAACUUGCAAUGAUAAAUAACAUAGGGUUCUGAAGAUGGUGAGAUUUAAAAAUGCCAGUAAUUGAGAAAGUUGAAUUAUGGAAGUUUUAAAUUGCAAAAGUGAAUACAUUACACUUUCUUUUAACCCAUGAUUUUAUGAAACACUAGCUGUGUGCCC